AUGGCCACCUCGGUUGUUUCAACCUUCGCCUUUGCCAGCUUGGCCGAAGGGCCUGAGACUGCCGUACGCCUUGUCGAUGUAGGUGGCGGCAAGGGCCAUACUACGCAAGAAAUCCAGACCGCCUGUUCCCGGCUGAAGGGCAAUGCUGUCGUCCUGCAGGAUCUUCCUGCCGUCCUCGGAAACAAGGACGACGAGCAGCCCCGCUUCCAGCCAUUUGCUGAUGGAGUUCCUCCGGUCGCCGCUGCUAAUCUCUACAAUCAAUCAUCCCCGACUGGCUGGACGCCAGCUGCCGCCGGAUUCUGCGAAAUGUGGCGCCGGCCAACGCAGGGGUUCGAUUCUCGUCUGCUAAUCGGAGACCUAGUUAUGAGCCAGCUAGCAUCAGCUCAUCCACAUAAAGCUCCGCAUGAUGUGGAUAUGACGAGUUACUGGCGGAAGAAAUAUUCCGGAUUGUCCACAUUGGGGGGAUGGACGACAACCUUGGGCAACAGCAUCAUUUGA